CCGGGGGGCUUAGUCCCGUGACUGGCCCGAGCCGAGGAGGAGGAAGGGAGGGGCGCGCCGACCCUGGCGCUUUGCAUCCUGCGGGCUCUGCCGGGCCGCGGAGGGUCCAGCCCCCGUCCGUUAUCCGCGCACACAGCUGGGGCGGGGCAGGGUGUCCUGAGGUGGCUGCUCUGUCCCCGCCUGCUGCCCUUGAAUCCGGCUGCGCCGCUUAAAGGCUGGGGCGGCCUGUCUGCAUGCUGGAGGUGGGAGACAGAGAGGUCACACUUGCUGGUUGAUGUAGGGGUCGCUUCAGAGACACUCGACAGUAUGGACCAGUUUCACCCCGUGCCCGUCCUGUAUGCCCAGCCCGUGCCGAGGACAUCGGACUCCAAUGGGGGCACGGGAAGUGUGGCCAGCGAUGGACAGAGAGCCUCACCCUGAGGAGGGCCUAGGGAGACGGGGUGGGGGGAGGGCUCCUGGGCAGAGGGAAGUGUGGUACCUGAGCAGGGGUGGUGGCGGAGGAAGCUGUACAACGUUUAACUAUUGACUUCUGGAGUGGGGUCCCACCUCAAGCUGGGAGCAGAUUGGAACAGAGUCUGGUUGGACUUCCGAGAAGGCUCUCUGGACAUGAGAAAGCAGAAAGGGGUGGAGCCUGGAGAGCAGGGGCGGCCCUGGGGGGGCUGGUCCUUGAUGGAAGCCUGCCCCGAGGCAGAGCGUGCCCGUCCCCGGCAGGCCCGCCCCACGGCCCCCAUGGAGGGUGCGAUGCAGCUGCUGAGCCGUGAGGGCUACACUGUAUCCCACAACUCCAAGCGGCACUACCAUGAUGCCUUCGUGGCCAUGAGCCGCAUGCGGCAGCGCGGCCUCCUGUGUGACAUCGUCCUGCACGUGGCCGCCAAGGAGAUCCGGGCACACAAGGUGGUGCUGGCCUCCUGCAGCCCCUACUUUCACGCCAUGUUCACAAAUGAGAUGAGUGAGAGCCGUCAGACGCACGUGACCCUGCACGACAUUGACCCUCAGGCCUUGGACCAGCUGGUGCAGUUUGCGUACACGGCCGAGAUUGUGGUGAGUGAAGGCAACGUGCAGACUCUGCUCCCGGCUGCCAGUCUCCUGCAGCUGAAUGGCGUCCGUGACGCCUGCUGCAAGUUCCUGUUGAGUCAGCUCGACCCCUCCAAUUGUCUGGGCAUCCGGGGCUUCGCCGACACACACUCGUGCAGCGACCUGCUCAAGGCGGCACACAGGUACGUGCUGCAACACUUCGUGGACGUGGCCAAGACCGAGGAGUUCAUGCUGUUGCCGCUGAAGCAGGAACACUGGGCCCCUGUUGGACUCUCCCUCCCAGGCACCUUCAGGGCUCCAUGGGCCCCCAAGACCCCAGAUCUCAGGUCUGAGGGUCCCCACCCCCAGGUGCUGGAACUGGUCUCUAGCGACAGCCUGAACGUGCCUUCAGAGGAGGACGUCUACCGUGCUGUCCUGAGCUGGGUCAAGCACGACGUGGAUGCCCGGAGGCAGCACGUCCCUCGGCUGAUGAAGUGUGUACGCCUGCCCCUGCUGAGCCGGGACUUCCUGCUGGGUCACGUGGAUGCCGAGAGUCUGGUGAGGCACCACCCGGACUGCAAGGACCUGCUCAUCGAGGCCCUCAAGUUCCACCUGCUGCCCGAGCAGAGGGGCGUCCUGGGCACCAGCCGCACCCGGCCCCGCCGCUGUGAGGGUGCUGGUCCUGUGCUCUUCGCUGUGGGUGGUGGAAGCCUGUUUGCCAUCCACGGGGACUGUGAAGCAUACGACACACGCACUGACCGCUGGCAUGUGGUGGCCUCCAUGUCCACGCGCCGGGCCCGGGUGGGUGUGGCAGCAGUUGGGAACCGGCUGUACGCCGUGGGCGGUUAUGAUGGGACUUCAGACCUGGCCACCGUAGAGUCCUACGACCCUGUGACCAACACCUGGCAGCCCGAGGUGUCCAUGGGCACGAGGCGCAGCUGCCUGGGUGUGGCUACCCUGCACGGGCUCCUGUAUGCAGCUGGUGGCUAUGAUGGGGCCUCUUGCCUCAACAGUGCUGAGCGCUACGACCCCUUGACGGGAACGUGGACGUCCAUCGCUGCCAUGAGCACCCGGAGGCGAUAUGUGCGCGUGGCCAUGCUCGAUGGAAAUCUGUAUGCGGUGGGCGGUUAUGACAGCUCGUCGCACCUGGCCACCGUGGAGAAGUAUGAGCCCCAGGUUAACUCGUGGACACCCGCGGCCUCCAUGCUGAGCCGGCGCAGCUCUGCGGGCGUGGCAGUGCUGGAGGGGGCCCUCUACGUGGCCGGCGGCAACGACGGUACCAGCUGCCUCAACUCCGUGGAGAGAUACAGCCCCAAGGCAGGCGCCUGGGAGAGUGUGGCGCCCAUGAACAUCCGAAGGAGCACACACGACCUAGUGGCCAUGGAUGGAUGGCUGUUUGCCGUGGGGGGUAACGAUGGCAGUUCCAGCCUCAACUCCAUCGAGAAGUACAACCCAAGGACCAACAAGUGGGUGGCCGCAUCCUGUAUGUUCACGCGGCGCAGCAGCGUGGGCGUGGCGGUGCUGGAGCUGCUCAACUUCCCGCCACCCUCUUCGCCCACGCUGUCUGUGUCGUCCACCAGCCUCUGACCCAUGGCGCGGCUGCACAGAGGCCGACCUGUGGCCUCCCACAUGCCUUAAGCCCCCCAGGGCCCAGCGCCUCCCUCCGCCAUGCGUGGGGCGGGGCUCGGCCCCUACCAGGGGCAUCCGGCGCUGUCCAGUCUCCAUGUGUCCAGCCGGCCCGUUUCUGUGUUCCUUCCUCAGUGCUUGUGUGUGUGUGUUCCGUUUAUUCGUUUAUUUAUUGAUUGUCGGGGCUGCAACUACCAGUUUACACAUUUACUGUUGAAGUGUCCUGUCUCUGGGACCAGGCUGCCCUCCUCAGCAUCCUCCCACCAUGCUGGGGGACGAUGGGAUGGCCACUGGCAUUACCCGUGGGGGAGGGACCAACGUGGACUCUGCAGACCUGGAGGGACUGACAGGUGAUGCCGAGAGUGGUUACUGGGGCCGGAGGGUGGGGGGGGAAGGGGAGGGCUUUCUGAACAGGUGCAGACCCCCGAGCCUGCGCUUUGCACACCACCCUUGCCUCACCUAGCCAGGCACGUUCCUGGGGAGAGCACAAAUUGGGCUUCCUUCCCGUGGCUGUGGUGUCUUUUCUGGAUCCUGCACUGAGCUGGACACAGACCACUGCAGACCCCACACAGCAAUAUGAGCCACUUGAACAAUAAACGUGUUUCCUGGGCUCUGUGGGCCUGUG